GAAAUUGGAAAUGCUUCGCGCAACGUCUGCUUCAUUAGCUCGCCCCGUUGUGAAUCGUAAGCGGCCUCAAUUAUGGGGUGCCCCAGGGGCUCCAAUCAUUCGCAUGCGCGGACAUCACGUCGUGUGGAAGUUCCAAUCCUAUGAUAUCUUUGUUGAGCACACGCACACGCGUCGCAACUCUGAUUUGCGUCUGCUGCACUAUCUCGGGAAGCAUUGCCCGCACCCGCAAAAGUCCUUAUGGUCGCCUGACACUCCUGUCAUGCAGGAUCGUCAUCUUUUUAUGCUUACUACUAUUGAUAUCGACGCUUUUAAAUACUGGUUUGGUGUGAAACGCUGUAGGUUGUCUGUUGGGCCGUGGAAUAUUCUAGCAAAGUCGGGACUGUUGCCGCCGUCGUACCGGCAAAAUUCCAAAAUUAUGCCCAAACCCAUUUUUGACAAGGCACACUUAAUGCGAUACUUCUUGGCAAAUCGAAAAGAUCAACGCGUGGUAGAACGAGAGGACUACCUCAAUUACCAAAAUAGCAUGAUAAAGACAGCUGAGGAGCGAGCUGCUGAGCGACCUGUUGCACCAUAUUUGUAGCUCAAUUCAAAGAUUUUAAAUCAUUUUGUCCACUAGGGUGAGCCGUUAGUGGUCGGUGACGUUGGCAAAAGUAAAACAUGAACGCAUCACAAACGACCCAUGUGAAGUUGUAUAGAUGUUGACGUGUUUGUACUUUUAUCUUGUGAUUUCACGAAA